CAUUGAUAGCAUGAGGACAGACCGUGAGCUUGCUUUUUGUUGCUUCUUUGGGUGGCCAGAGAAGAGUUAUAACAAUUGUAGGGGAAAACACCAUUUAUUGUAUCAACUGUAGUCAUUCCACAUAAAAGCAAAUGUCUACAGCUGGGAAACCAGAAGCACGCGGUACCAUGUUGGAAGAAGACGCGGAGCAAGCCUAUGAGAACUUCCUGGCUGAGAUACAGUCCUUUGAGCUGCCCAUCGAAGCUACUUUAAGGUCUGUGUACGAUGAUCAGCCAAACGCACACAAGAAGUUUAUGGAAAAGCUAGAUGCGUGCAUCCGCAACCAUGACAAGGAAAUUGAAAAAAUGUGUAACUUUCAUCAUCAGGGCUUUGUAGAUGCCAUUACAGAGCUCCUUAAAGUAAGGGCUGAUGCAGAGAAACUGAAGGUGCAAGUUAUUGAGACCAACCGAAGGCUUCAAGAAGCUGGAAAAGAGGUGAUGGUACAAACAGAAGAUAUUAUUCGAUGUAGAAUUCAGCAGAGAAAUAUUACAACCGUAGUAGAGAAAUUACAGUUAUGUCUCCCAGUGCUGGAAAUGUACAGCAAGCUGAAAGAACAGAUGAGCGGGAAAAGGUAUUAUUCUGCGCUCAAAACAAUGGAGCAGUUAGAGAACGUGUACUUUCCCCGGGUGAGCCAGUACCGCUUCUGUCAGCUAAUGAUAGACACACUGCCCAAACUCCGAGAAGACAUCAAAGACAUCUCCAUGUCUGAUCUCAAGGACUUUCUGGAAAGCAUUCGAAAGCAUUCUGACAGAAUAGGAGAAAUGGCCAUGAAACAGGCGCAGCAGCAGAAAAGCUUCAGUGUUGCUCUGCAGAAGCAAAAUAGUGUGAGGUUUGGAAAGCACAUGCGUGGGAAUAAUGACAGGAUUCUAGACGAGAAGAAUGACAUCAUACUGAAACGUGCACUUGAAGAGGAGGCUGGGAGCGAAGAGGAGGUCUUAACUGUUCAAGACCUCGUUGAUUUCUCCCCUGUGUACCGAUGCUUACACAUUUACUCUGCUUUGGGGGAUGAAGAAACAUUUGAAAACUAUUACCGGAAGCAACGAAAGAAGCAAGCGCGCCUGGUUCUGCAGCCGCAGUCGAGUGUGCAUGAAACAGUUGAUGGCUAUAGAAGAUAUUUCACUCAAAUUGUAGGGUUCUUUGUGGUGGAAGAUCACAUUUUACAUGUGACCCAAGGAUUGGUAACCAGGGCAUACACUGAUGAACUCUGGAACAUGGCCCUCUCAAAGAUAAUCGCUGUCCUUAGAGCUCACUCAUCUUACUGCGCUGACCCUGGCCUUGUUCUGGAGUUGAAGAAUCUCAUCGUAGUCUUUGCAGAUACUUUGCAGGGUUAUGGUUUUCCAGUCAACCGGCUUUUUGACCUUUUAUUUGAAAUAAGAGAGCAAUACAAUGAAACAUUGCUUAAGAAAUGGGCUGGUAUCUUCAGGGACAUUUUUGAAGAGGAUAAUUACAGCCCCAUCCCCGUUGGCAGUGAAGAAGAAUAUAAAGUAAUCAUCAGUAAAUUCCCCUUUCAAGAUGCAGACCUUGAAAAGCAAUCUUUCCCAAAGAAGUUUCCCAUGUCCCAGUCAGUGCCUCUUAUUUAUAUUCAAGUUAAGGAAUUUAUUUAUGCCAGCCUUAAGUUUUCAGAGUCGCUACACCGAAGCUCAACAGAAAUAGAUGAUAUGCUUAGAAAAUCAACAAAUCUACUGCUGACCAGAAUUCUGAGUACCUGUUUACUGAACCUCAUUAGAAAGCCUCAUAUAGGUUUGACAGAGCUGGUGCAGAUCAUCAUAAACACAACUCACCUGGAACAAGCUUGCAGAUACCUGGAGGACUUCAUAACUAACAUCACAAAUAUUUCUCAGGAGACUGUUCAUACCACAAGACUUUAUGGACUUUCUACUUUUAAGGAUGCUCGGCAUGCAGCAGAAGGAGAAAUAUAUACCAAACUCAACCAAAAAAUUGAUGAAUUUGUUCAGCUGGCUGAUUAUGACUGGACAAUGACUGAGUCAGAUGGGAGAGCAAGUGGUUAUUUAAUGGAUCUUAUUAAUUUUUUGAGAAGCAUCUUUCAAGUGUUUACUCAUUUGCCCGGGAAAGUUGCCCAGACAGCUUGCAUGUCAGCCUGCCAACACCUGUCAACGUCCUUGAUGCAGAUGCUACUGGACAGCGAGUUGAAACAGAUCAGCAUGGGAGCCGUGCAGCAGUUUAACUUAGACGUCAUCCAGUGUGAGCUGUUUGCCAGCUCCGAGCCUGUUCCGGGAUUCCAAGGGGACACCCUGCAGCUGGCGUUCCUUGAGCUCAGACAGCUCCUCGACUUGUUCAUGGUCUGGGACUGGUCCACUUACCUAGCUGACUAUGGACGGCCAGCUUCCAAGUAUCUCCGAGUAAACCCACACUCGGCCCUCACUCUCUUGGAGAAGAUGAAGGACACCAACAAGAAGAAUAACAUAUUUGCCCAGUUCCGGAAGAACGACCGAGACAGAGAGAAGCUGAUAGAGACGGUGGUGAAACAGCUCAGAGGCCUGGUGACUGGUAUGUCCCAGCACAUGUAGACAGGUCACACUCAUGGCCAAGUGCUUCUCAGUGGCCAGCACUGGUCAGAGACAAUAAUUUGUUUACAGAACCCAAAAUCUACAGCAGAAGAAAUACACUGAUGAGGGCUUAAACAAGUAAUGGUAACAAACAUCAUUUGUAUGGAUUUUUAAAUAAUUGAAUACUACUAUUUUAUAUAGAAACAUGUAACAUUAAAUUUUUUCAAUUUUAGAGGAAAGGUCAAAAGUGUAAUAUAUAAACCCAAUAAAUUGUAUAUGAAACAGAUUGCAAAUAUUAGAAAAAUGUAUAUCUCUGCUUGUAAGUAAGUAUUCUAUUUAAACUCGAAGGAGCUUUGUGUCAGUUAUAGUUUGGGAUGGAGCCACUGCUGAUAAGGGAAUAUUUAUUUUGCUGUCAUUGUUGGACUUUUAGCUUUUAUUUUCACCUCAAUGUGACUUACAUGACCUAAAAGGUUUAGUCCUGCCUAUUCUGAGGAGGAAAUACAAAAAACUUGAAAGUUCCUGAGAUCAAACUCAGCUCACCAGUGGUGAAGAAUCAUUUGUUAUUUGGAU